CGCACAUGCGCAGGGCAAGCUCUAGACCGGAAGUAUGGGAACAGAAGUUGUCGCGUGAAAGGAGAAUUUAACAACAAAGUUACUUGACUGAAGGUGGGCGGUAAAUGCUCCCGACCACAAGAGGAGGUACGUUGUAACUCAAUACAACAGGGCAUAUUGGGAGAGAUAACCUCAGAGCAUAGCUUUUCCAAGACUGAUGCUGAAUGCCAAACUUUGAGCUGAAGCCAUUGGACGGUGGCAGUCUAGUGCACCUACCCGAGGGCGAGACCGUGCUCGGCAGAGGUCCUCUGUUCGGAGUGAACGACAAACGAGUCUCAAGGAAUCAUGGAGUGCUGGAGAAUGCAGACGGAAAGCUCCGGAUUAAACCUACCCACGUGAACCCGUGCUUCAUCCAGGCUUCCCUGGAGGCGUCUCCACAGCCCCUGAAGAAGGACCAGUGGCACACGCUCGACCCAGGAGAGAUGUUCUCCCUCCUGCCGGGGAAACACAUCUACCAGGUGGUGGCCGUGGAGGAGCGGGGGGCUGAAGAGGAGAUUGAAGGCACUCUCAGCAACAGCCAAAAUCUUGAAGAGAGUGAUGGAGAGGUCGUGGUACCCGAGGAAGCAAAUACUUCCUGGUCGGCACCGCCAUCAGCCAAUGACAAGCCGGAUCGGUCCACUCUCCCAGACAGAGGGGGUCCCUCUGUUUGCCAGCAGUCUACGCUGGUAGCCAGCUUAGAAGGAAAGAGCUUGUUACUUCCUCCCAGCUCCCCUGCUAGGGACCAGCCACCAGAUGGCGAAGUGUCGGAGCGUCUAGAUGGUGAAAUGUCGGUGCCGGCACGAAGGAUUAGGACGCUUCCAUCGUGGAUGGUGGCAGCCAGCAGUGGAGAUGUCAAGAGCCCAAGCACUCCCAAAGGGGCUGGGAAGAGGGGUCCAGCGAAAGCGGCCACGACGCCCAAACCCAAACCCAAACCGGCCAGCCAGGUGGCUGCUGCUGCUGCUGCUGCUGCUCCUGCUGCUGCUCCUGCUGCAAGCCGGGCCACACCACAGUGGGCCAGAACCCGGGUCCUGUCCUCGGAGGAGGAGGAAGAGGUGCUGGAAGAGAAGGAGGAAGUGGUCCAGUCGGCCAAGAGGUGGAGGAAGAGGACGAAGAGCGCAGAUGAUGAGGAGGAGGAGGAAGAGGAAGCCUGAGGUAAUCAUGUCGUU